AUGGAUCUAUUUCAAGAAAACACUAAACUCGUGCAUUUUCCCAGCACAACUUCCAGAAACCUCUCCUCGUCAUCAUCCGCUUUCUACUCGGCAAACCAGUCUCCCUUCUUCUCCCCGAAGUCGGUAACUUUCCGUUUAUCCACCGACGAACCACCUCGACCCUCCACAUCAGCAAACAUCACUUUUGACGUGGGCACUCAUCUUGAACCCAAUAAAUUAGAAAAUGUUUCGUCUUCCACGGGAAUACCAAAGAGCCCCCAUUUGGGCACCGAGCCUUUCGGCAGGCAAAACAAGGGUAGAGCCAAGAAAGUGGAAAGACUACUCGAGACCUUUUCCCCCAACCGGCUGAGAAGUUGCGAUGUGUACAUAGGCUUUCAUGGUCGGAAGCCCUUAUUGCUUAGGUUCACCAAGUGGCUAAGGGCCGAACUGGAGGCUCAGGGCCUGACCUGUUUCGUGACUGACCGUUCCCGAUGCCGAAACACCAGUAAGCACAAGAUAGUCGAGAAGGCCAUGGAUGAGAGCACGUUUGGGGUUGUGAUCCUGACGAGAAAGUCGUUCAGGAACCCGUACACAAUUGAGGAGCUAAGAUUUUUCUCUGGGAAGAAGAAUUUGGUACCUGUGUACUUUGAUGUGAGCCCAGAUGACUGCCUCGCGAGGGACAUAAUCGAGAAGAGGGGCGAGGUCUGGGAAAAGCAUGGUGGGGAGCUGUGGUUGCUGUACGGGGGGCUCGAGAAGGAGUGGAAGGAGGCCAUGGGGGCCCUCUCUCAUGCAGACGAAUGGAAACUAGAGGCCCACGAUGGAAAAUGGAGGGAAUGCAUAAUUCGGGCUAUUACGCUUUUGGCCCUGAGGCUGGGCCGGCGGAGCAUAGUCGAUCGGUUGUCCAAGUGGAGAGAGAAAGCCGAGAAGGAAGAAUUUCCUUUCCCGAGAAAUGAGGCUUUUGUCGGACGGAAAAGGGAGCUGUCCGAGCUCGAGUUCAUGCUUUUUGGGGACAUUAGUGGUGAGGCUGAGCGGGACUAUUUCGAGCUCCGGGCCCGGCCCAGGCGCAAGAACUUGACGAUUGCAUGGGGCCGGAGUGGGUCAGUGGAUGAGAAACGCAAGGGGAAAGAGCACGUUGUGUGGAGAGAGUCGGACAAGGAUAUUGAGAUGCAUAACAACGAUCUCUCUCAACAGGUGGAGAAACCGAAAGGCAGUUUAAAGCAUGUGAGGCGGCGACCAGCCAAGAUUGUGUACGGAAAGGGCAUCGCGUGCGUGUCGGGUGAGUCCGGGAUUGGGAAAACCGAGCUCCUCCUGGAGUUUGCUUACCGGUUUCACCAGCGGUACAAGAUGGUGCUGUGGAUAGGUGGGGAGAGCCGGUACAUCCGCCAGAACUACAUGAGCCUGCGCUCGUUUUUAGAAAUCGACUCCGGUUUAGAGGGUGCUGCAGAGAAAGGCCGGUCGAAGAGCUUCGAGGAGCAGGAGGAGGCGGCUGUGGCUAGGAUCCGGAAGGAGCUCGCGAGGGACAUCCCGUAUUUGAUAAUAAUAGACAACCUGGAGAGCGAGAAGGACUGGUGGGACCACAAGCACGUGAUGGACCUGUUGCCUCGGUUCGGGGGUGAGACCCACGUCAUAAUAUCGACCCGCUUGUCCCGGGUCAUGAAUGUGGAGCCCCUGAGGCUGUCCUACCUAUCGGGGGUCGAGGCCAUGUCAUUAAUGCAGGGCGGGCACACAAAAGAUCAGUCAAUCACGGAAAUUGACGCGCUUCGCGUCAUGGAGGAGAAACUCGGGAGGCUGACCCUUGGCCUGGCCAUCGUGGGGUCCGUUCUGUCUGAGCUCCCAAUCAGCCCGGCCCGACUCCUAGACACCAUUAACCGGACCCCCUCCCGAGUUGUGACAUGGGGUGGCCGAGAGACCCAUGCGCUCAGGAGGAAUGGCGUUCUCCUGCAGCUUUUCGAGGUUUGCUUUUCGAUAUUCGACCAUGCGGACGGGCCGGGCUGCCUGGCUACCCGCAUGGCCCUAGCCAGCGGCUGGUUUGCCCCGGCACCAAUACCGGUGUCAGUAUUAGCCCUCGCUGCCCAGGAGCUGUCUGAGAAGCAUCCACGCAGACGCCUCUGGAGAAAGCUCCUCUGCUCUCUGUCGUGCGGCGGGUGCUCGUCCUCGUGGGGCCGCAAGUCGGCAGCCGAGGCCUCCUCAUUGCUAGUGAGAUUCAACAUCGCGAGAGCAUGCGCUGGGGAAGGGUCCGUCCGAUUUGGACACCUUGUGAAGCUCUACUCACGGAAGCGCGGGAUCAACAACAGGUCUGCACGAGCCAUGGUGCGGGCCGUGCUCUCAUGGACCCCUGCCCCUGCCCGAAGCCCCGAGCACCUGUGGGCCGCAUGUUUUCUCCUCCUCGGAUUCGGUAAAGACCCGAUAGUGGUUGAGCUGCAGGUGGCGGAGCUGCUGGUGCUCGUGAGGGAGGUGGUGCUGCCGCUUGCGAUAAGGACGUUCGUAACGUACACUCGGUGCCGGGCAGCUGUGGAGCUGCUUCGGCUGUGCACGGACGCACUGGAGGCCACAGACCAGGCGUUUGUAACACCUGUCGACAGGUGGCUGGACAAAUCGGUUGCGUGCUGGAGGCCGAUGCGGACGGGGGCGCAGCUGAACCCGUGCCUGUGGCGGGACCUGGCGCUGGCGAGGGCCAGCGUGCUCGAGGUCAGGGCUAAGCUGAUGGUGAGGGGAGGGCAGUUUGAUGUGGGCGAUGACCUGAUUAGGAAGGCGGUGUUUAUAAGGACGUCGAUUUGUGGGGAGGAUCACCCGGAGACUGUGGCAGCACGAGAGACGCUCGGGAAGCUGACGAGGAUCAUUAAUAAUAGUAUUCAGAACCAUACUUCGCCAUAG